GAAGUUUAAACAUAUCAAAACGCAGUUAUUGAUGUUUCGAAUGUUUUAGCAUAUAUUUUAGAGCAAUUACUCAUUUGUAAAUAGAUUUUUUUAUGAUGUUACAAUGUGUCAUUUUUGGGGGAUGACCGGAGGGACGGAAAUACUGAACGGACCUGUAGUUUUUUUUUAACUACAUACGCCAUGGCGGAGGCGCUGAUAGCUGGAGCUGUUCAUACAAACACGCCCGCUGAGUCCAUGAGCGGUGCGAUGGAGUAUUUACAGGAUAAGAAGUCAGACUUUGAUGUGGUUCCUCCACUAAAUUUGGGUGAUCUGGACAUCACUACAGAUGAGUUCAUUCUGGAUGAGGUGGACCUUCACAUUCAAGCUAAUCUGGAGGAUGAUCUGGUGAAAGAGGCGCUCAAGACGGGUGUGGAUCUGCGGCAGUACUCCAAACAGGUGGAGACCGAGCUGCAACGAAUUGAACAAGCAUCAAUCAAAGACUAUAUCAAAGAGAGUCAGAAUAUUGCCUCUUUACACAACCAGAUCACAGCCUGUGACUCAAUACUGGAGCGUAUGGAAGGCAUGUUGAGUAGUUUUCAGAGUGACCUGUCAUCCAUCAGCAGUGAGAUUCAGACACUGCAGCAGCAGUCAGUCAGUAUGAACAUGAGGCUGAAAAACCGCCAGGCUGUCCGCAGUCAGCUCAGCCAGCUGGUUGAUGAACUGGUCGUUCCCAGCACCAUGAUUUCUGUGAUUAUAGACAGUCCUGUUACGGAGCAGGAGUUUUUGGAGCAGCUUCACGAGCUUAACAACAAGAUCAAUUUUGCUAAAGAGCUCAGCUUCAGAGAGACCCUUGCCUGCUCUGAUAUACAGGAUAUCGUUGAUCGCCUCAAAAUUAAAGCCGUCUCAAAGAUCCGUGAGUUCAUCCUACAGAAGAUCUACUCAUUCAGAAAGCCCAUGACCAACUACCAGAUCCCUCAGAACACACUACUCAAGUAUAGAUUUUUCUAUCAGUUCCUGUUAGCCAAUGAGAGGACCGUUGCAAAGGAGAUCCGGGACGAGUAUGUGGACACCAUGAGUAAAAUCUACUUCAGUUACUUCAAGUCAUACAGCAGCAGACUACUGAAAGUCCAGUAUGAAGACGUUGCAGACAAGGAUGAUCUGAUGGGAGAAGAGGAUACAGCCAAAAAAGGUUUUUUCUCCAAGCCUUCUUUCAAGAGUAGGAACACUAUUUUUACUCUUGGCCAGAGGGGGGAAGUACUGAACCCUACAGAGCUGGAGGGGCCCAUACUCAUCCCACACACUGCUCAGAGAGGAGAGUCCAGAUACCCGUAUGAAACUCUCUUCCGCAAUCAGCACUAUGCUUUGUUGGAUAACGGCUGUCGAGAGUUCCUCUUCUUAUCGGACUUCUUCAUGGUGGCUGGAAAUUCUGCUUUGGAUUUGUUCAACAGCAUCAUGGGAAAAACGCUCAGCAUGUUCUUGAAGAAUCUGUCAACAUACUUGACAGACUGUUAUGACAGUAUUGCUGUGUUUCUCUGCAUUCACAUCAUUCUGCGCUUCAGAGCCAUCACAGCCAAGAGGAACAUCCCUGCACUUGACAAGUACUGGGAGGCUGUGCUAGAAUUGUUAUGGCCAAGAUUUGAGCUCAUUUUGGAGAUGAACAUCCAGAGCAUUCGAAACACUGACCCUCAGAAACUGGGUGUACUGGACACCAGACCACACUAUAUUACACGCCGGUAUGCUGAAUUCUCUUCUGCUAUUGUUAGCAUAAAUCAAACCUUUCCCAAUGAGAGGACCAACACGCUACUCGGACAGCUGCAGAUUGAAGUGGAGAAUUUUGUGCUGAAAAUGGCGGCCGAGUUUCCUUCUAGACGAGACCAGCUCAUCUUCCUCAUCAACAACUAUGACAUGAUGCUCAAUGUGCUCAUGGAGAGAGCAGCUGAUGACAGUAAAGAGGUUGAAGGCUUUCAGCAGCUCCUACUGGCGAGAACACAGGAGUUUAUAGAGGAGAUUCUUUCAUCUCCGUUUGGAGGGAUGAUUGCAUUUGUGAAGGAGAGCGAGGGACUAAUCGAGAAAGGGCAACUUGACAAACUCAAAAAUGAUGAAGCUCGUAUCACUCAGUUGGUGCGGGGUUUCUCCAGCACAUGGAAGCAGUCUGUGGAGGCCUUGAGUCAGGAUGUGAUGCGUUCCUUCACCAACUUUAAAAACGGAACCAGCAUAAUUCAGGGAGCGCUGACCCAGCUCAUCCAGUACUAUCAUGGUUUCCAUAAGGUCCUCUCCCAGCCAACAUUCCGGAGUCUGGCGGUGCGCUCUGAGCUCAUAAACCUCCAUCAUCUGAUGGUUGAAGUCAAGAAACACAAACCAAACUUUUGAACCCACACAUGAAUCAUCAGGACUUAUUGGGCCAAGACUGUCAGGAAAUAUUUGCUGUAGUAGCACUGCAAAAAAUCAUUCUUUGGGAGUACCUAAGAACAUACACAUUCAUAAAACAAGAGAUAUUUUCCUUGUAAGCAAAAUUGUGUAAAACUGAAGACUAAUUUUCAGAACAUCUAUAUUGGAUGGUGAGUGUAAUUUUUCUUCUGUCACUGGCAGUAGUUCUGUCAACCUAAGCAAAACAACAAUGCAAACAGAAAACAAGGAAGAAAUAUUAAAAGUCUGAUAUUUUCCAGUUUAGAUCUAAAGCUAGAACAGGUGAUUUUUCUACUAAUUUUCAGUAGAUUGUGAUUUAUAUCAACAAGUAUCAUAUAUAAUAAGCUCUAAUCUAAUUCUUUGGCAGUCUUAUUUUUUAAGGGAUAAUUCACACACAGAAUAAAUAUUCUGUCAUUAUUUACUCACCCUCAAGUUGUUCACAAACCCAUAAGACUUUCGUUCAUCUUCGGAACACUAAUCAAGAUAUUUGAAUGAAAUCUGAACAUUUUCUGUCCCUCCAUUCACAGCUAUGCAACUACCACUUUCACCCUUCAGAAAGUACAUAAAGAGAUUGUAAAACUAAUCCAUAUGAAUUGUGCGGUUGAAUAAAAGUCUCUUCAGAAACUUUGGACUAAACCGAAACUGCUUGAUGCGCAACAAGCUCAAAACUCUUGCGGAAACUCAAACGUGCUGUGUAACAUUGAUUGUCACACGUCAAGCGACAUGCUUGAGCUUCCAUUUACCAUAACUGAUGUGUGUGCUGAUGAAUGUUUAUAUGUGAAUAAAAGCCUAAAUUCAAUCUGUUCAGUGUCUAAAGCGAUUGUGCCUCUUCUGAAAAUUUGGACUAAACCACUCAAUUUAUAAGGAUUUAUUUUUUUAUGAACUUUUUGAAGCGUCAAAGUGCUAGUUAAGUAGAUGUCAAUGGAAGGAUAAAAAUUUCAUUAAAAAAUAUCUUAAUUUGUGUUCUGAAGAUGUACGAAAGUCUUGCGGGUUUGGAAUGACAUAAGGGUGAGUAAAUGAUAGAAUUUUUGGGUGAACUAACCCUUUAAGUUUGCUGAUAAUUUGAUUUCCUUCUAUGUUUAUGUAAAUGCAUUUUUGGCCUGGCAUCAGAUCUAAAAAUGUAUUUUUGUUUUCUCAAAAGUUCUUUAUGUAGGCCUAUGCACUGUUGUAUUGACAAAAAAAAGUAUUCCAUGUCUCAAAAUAAAAGCUAUUAAAUCAAAAA